AUGAACAAGGCCUUGCUUCCCAACACGCUGGCGUAUUUGAUAUGUCCAUCGGUCACCAAGCUCGCCAUUCUAGCUGUGCUGUACCAGAUCAACCCCUCCAUCCCCUACCGCAUCGUUGUCACCCUCGUCGCCGUCGCCAUCUUCAUAUACACCUUGGCAUGCUGCGUCAUCACGGGCGGCCCGUGCAAUCCCCUCAAGGAGGGCGCUCUCAAGUGCCUGGAGAACGUUGCGCUCUCGCACGCGGUGCUCAACAUUUCCUCUGACGUGGCCGUGAUUGUCAUCCCGAUACCGACCAUUCACAAGCUCCAGCUUUCGCUGAAGCAGAAGAUUUCGAAUGGGUGUAUCCUGGCCAUUGGAUCGCUGGGGACCGUGUGCUCCAUAGCCCGCCUGCCGCAUGCCAUCGUCCUUCCUCACACCGAGGACUCGACGUAUACGCAGGCCAUCCUUGGCAUCUGGUCCAUCGCUGAGAUCAAUCUCGGCACUAUCUGCGCCUGUGCCAUGCGAUUCAAGUCGCUGAUCCGGACGUAG